AGAAGAACAUCAGACAUCAUGGCCUCCGCAGCUCCGGAGGAUUUACCGGAGAACCGGGAGGGUUUAGCAGCCUCAGGAGACACCGGGACACCGGGGGAAGACACACGGACACCGGGGGAAGACACCGGGACACCGGGGGAAGACACACGGACACCGGGGGGAGACACCGGAAUGGCUGGAUCCAGUAAAACAACCUUCGUGCAGAGACACAGCCGGAGAAGGAGCUCUGAGAGCAGCAUGGAGGAGAACAAAGAGACCCCUGGAGCUCAGAAACCGAAAGGAAGAGAGAGUCUUCACAGCUGUCAGCAAUGUGACAAAUCCUUUACAACAUCUGGACAUUUAAAGCGCCACCUGCUUAUUCAUACUGGAGAAAAAAUGUACAGCUGUGAAGAGUGUAGGAAAACAUUCACUCGAUCUGGUGAUCUCAAAACACAUCAACGUAUUCACACUGGAGAGAAAACGUACAGCUGUGAAGAGUGUGGGCAAACUUUCGCUCAAUCAGGUCAUCUCAAAUCACAUGAACGUAUUCACACUGGAGAGAAACCGUACAGCUGUGAAGAGUGUGGGAAAACUUUCGCUCAAUCAGGUGCUCUCAAAUCACAUCAACGUAUUCACACUGGAGAAAAACCGUACAGCUGUGAAGAGUGUGGGCAAACUUUCGCUCAAUCAGGUGCCCUCAAAUCACAUCAUCGUAUUCACACUGGAGAAAAACCGUACAGCUGUGAAGACUGUGGGAAAACUUUCACUAGAUCAGGUCAUCUCAAAACACAUCAACGUGUUCACACUGGAGAAAAACCGUACAGCUGUGAAGAGUGUGGGAAAACAUUCACGACAUCAGGUAAUUUUCAAACACAUCAACGUAUUCAUACUGGAGAAACACCGUACAGCUGUGAAGAUUGUGGGCAAACUUUCGCUCAAUCAAGUGAACUCAAAUCACAUCAACGUAUUCACACUGGAGAAAAACCGUACAGCUGUGAAGAGUGUGGGAAAACUUUCACUAGAUCAGAUCAUCUAAAAACACAUCAGCGUGUUCACACGGGAAUAAAACCAUACAGCUGUGAAGAGUGUGGGAAAACGUUCACUAGAUCAGAUGCUUUCAAAACACAUCAUCGUAUUCAUACUGGAGAAAAACCGUACAGCUGUGAAGAGUGUGGGAAAACAUUCACGACAUCAGGUAAUUUUCAAACGCAUCAACGAAUUCAUACUGGAGAAAAACCGUAUUGGUGUCAAGAGUGUGGGAAAACGUUCACUACGUCAAGUGCUCUCAAAACACAUCAGCGUGUUCACACAGGAGAGAAACCGUACAGCUGUGAAGAGUGUGGGAAAACAUUCACCAGAUCGGGUGGUCUCAAAUCACAUCAAUGUAUUCCCACUGGAGAAAAAACGUACAGCUAGGAAGAGUGUGGGAAAAACGUUCAGGACAUCAAGUGAACUCACAAUCCAUCACCGUGUUCACACAGGAGAGAAACCUUAGUGGUUUUAAGAGUGUGUGUUACGGCUGCUUUUUCUGUCUGCUCGUUAACCUGUCUGGGAUUGUUUGCAGCUGUGUGUGUGUGAUAUAUAAAUGAGCUGUGUGGUUGCCCCAACGUCAUUGGCUGUCAUCUCCUGGUCCUCCUCCGAAGACACUGAUUGGAGCACGCCGGGCCCGACGCUCUCCAAUCCCCGUGCAAUCCCAGCGCACACCUUCCGGAGAUGACUACAAAGCCUCUAGCCUCUUGUUAUACUUGUGAUGAUUUAGUGACUUCUGUGUGAAAGCUAUACUGUUUAACAGCGUGUUAAAUUAGAGCUUCUGUGUUUAGUUAGGUAAUGCAGUGUACUUGUGCAAAUAGUAUCCAGAGUAACUUAGCUGUUAGCGUUUGUCGAUAAUUAGCUACAGCAUUUCAGUUACUAAUGCCACGUUAAAAGUGAGGGUUUUGUGUUCCUUUAUUCAAUAUUUGUAUAACCUGUAAGACUCUCUUUUGGAGUUCUCCUUUUGUUGGUUGUUGCGACCAGUAUAUGGCACUUUGUUUGUGCUAGGCUGCACGCCGUUAUUAUUUUGUUACCACUAUUACUUAUAAAUAAAUACGUAUAAUAAUUACCAAUUCCACACUGGUGUAUGUUGUUUCUCCCUACCCCUAGAGAGGGGCGUAACAGUGUGGCAAAACGUUUUCUCAAAGUAUUCACCUUAAAGUCCAUGAGCGCAUCCACACUGCAUGGUUUUGAACAACUAUGAGAGUUCUGACUAACAGACUUCAAUUCAUAGUCAGUCUUGUUUGAUGUCCCUGAGGUCCUCCUCAGCUUUUUUAAUAUCCCUAAAAUCCCCCUAAAUAAAAUGCGUGAGGCUUUUCUCCACUACACUCCCAAACUGUGGAACACCAGGAAAUAUCAGAGAGGCUCAGUGGACAUUUUUAAAAGCCAGCUAAAGACACAUCUCUUUAGAUUAGCUUUUUAUUAGCAACCCCCCACUUUAAAUGGUGUUUUAGUCUUUAUUAUUUACCUACUUUUAUAUUGUUUCAUUUAUGAUAUAGGAAGGGUUUUUAUCUCAUGUUAGUUAUUUAACAGUUUCAAUAGCAACAUUUAUUUUUACGUUGGUUUCUUUAUAUUUUAAUCGUUUAACCUUUAUUAGAAUUAUGACGUUUUUAUUACUCGACAUUAUUAGUUUUUAUUUCUGUUGUACCUAUAUGUUCACUUUACUUUACAGGGUUUUAUAUUGUUGAAUCUAUUCACCUGUCUUGUGUCUUAUCUUUCCGAGAGAAAUCAUCAUUUUUUGUACUGUAUUUCAUUUGUUAUUGUCAUACCUUUUACCUCCUUGUGUAUCUUAACCUGUUACAAUGUUAUAUUUUGCUGCAUGUAUCUGUAAAGGUCUUAACGUCUGAGGGGACUUUCUUGUUUAUUUUUAACUUGUGAUGUGUCGCCAUUUUGUAAAGCACUUUGAGCUGCACGUGCUGUAUGAAAAGUGCUGUAUAAAUAAAGCUUUAUUAUUACAACAGUUUUUUAUGUUCUAACCAGCGUUCACACUAUGCCAACACAAGGCCACAGAGAUGCUGUUUCUCCAAUCUAGUUAAUGUUUGUAAUGGUUUCUGAACUAUGAAGAAAUGUUUUACUAUUCUGUGUUUCAACCAUGGUUUUCUAAUAGCCUUGCUAUUCCUUUUAUUAAAUAUUAUAUCUCAACUGCUAGCCUCGUUAAGCUGCAUUGAAGGAAUUUAGUUUCACUGUUCAUUAAUCUGCAGAAUAGUUUCUCCAAUAAUCUGUUUGGUUAAUAAAAUGUUGUGACUUUAAA